UCCUCCCGACUCUGUCAACAGUCUGGUCGCCGUGUCUACUUACGUUCAAUGUCAACCCUGGCUCUUCUUCUACGAUAUCCGAUCCAAUCUGCUGUGUGGGAAUCUCCGUUUCGGGCAAGCCUGCUGACCAGAGUGCAAGCGUGAGACGUCGCAAACAUCGGGGCUUCUGCGUUCGUGCCACUAUGAAAAGGAGGAGCAUGCGUUGGUUCCAUCCCAUCGAUAAGAAGUCUACUUUAUGUCCCGCACCACAGCCUCACCAGGGGUCGCCGCGCCCGAUCCCGCUGCUCGCCAGAAAUACAUCGAAGAACGGAACAAACGACUCCGCGCAGAUGGUGCCUCGCAGUUCGUCCGCCUAUCUACGUCCGACGCGUACAAGCACCUCGAGGCUGACCCGUGGGUCGACCACGCAGCACUGAACGCCGCGCCGCACGUGCUGACGGACGGCGAGAGCGUCAAAUUCCUCAUCCUCGGCGCGGGGUACGGCGGACUCGUGUUCGCCGCGCGCCUCGUCCAGGCGGGCUUCUCCCCAUCUGAUAUCCGGUUCGUCGAUGUCGCGGGUGGCUUUGGCGGGACGUGGUACUGGAACCGGUACCCGGGCCUGAUGUGCGAUGUGGAGAGCUAUAUCUACAUGCCGCUGCUCGAGGAGACGGGGUACAUGCCGAAGCACAAGUACGCGUAUGGGAACGAGCUGCGGGCGCAUGCUGACCGGAUCGCGGAGCGCUAUGGGCUGCUCGAGGGCACGGGGUCGUUCAGGACGCAGUACCACGACGCGAAGUGGGACGAGGAAGCGAGGCGGUGGCAGGUCCGGUUGAGCGAGUAUCGUGGCCCCCAGGAGUCUUCGCGCUCGUUUUCUGUGUCGGCGCAGUUCGUGUUCGUUGCUGCAGGGACGCUCGUUGCUCCGCAGGUCCCAGUGUUGCCGGGCUUGGAGCAGUUCAAGGGCUCGAUGUUCCAUACCGCGCGCUGGGAUUACGACGUCACUGGGGGAUCAUUCGACGAUUGGUCGCUGGAGAAACUCAAAGACAAGCGAGUGGCGAUCAUCGGCACGGGAGCGACAGCCAUUCAAGUCGUCCCUGAGCUCGCCAAGUGGGCGAAACACCUCUAUGUGAUACAGCGCACGCCAUCAAGUGUCGACGAGCGCGGCCAACGGCCUACGGAUCCCAAAGAGUGGAAGGAAAAGGUUGCAGUUGGCAAGGGAUGGCAGUACGCCCGGUCGAUGAACUUCAACUCGCAACUGAUGAAUGCACCUGACGGAGAAGACCUCGUUUCUGAUGCGUGGUGUCGAUCGGAUGCAUACUGCGGCAUCAUCGGUGCCCCAGGUCUAGUCACACCUGAUACGGUUCCUCAACAUGUAGAGAAGCUACAUGCGAUGGAUUUCCCUCGCGCCGAGCGAGUGCGCGACCGGGUGUCCCAGAUUGUGCGCGAUCCAGAAACAGCCGAGAAACUCAAGGCCUGGUACCCCGUCUGGUGCAAACGGCCGACGUUCCAUGAGGACUAUCUCCCAGCAUUCAAUCAGCCAAACGUGACGCUCGUCGACACGGACGGCAAGGGCGUGGACUCGUUGACCCCGACUGCCAUCGUCGCUAAUGGGAUCGAGCACCCGAUCGAUGUGCUCGUCCUCAGCACGGGAUUCGUCUCACCAGCCGCAGGGACGGGGAGCCCAGCGACGCGCGGGGGCCUGUCCGUGUUCGGGCGGAACGGGCGAGACAUGGAGAAGAAGUGGAUCGAAGAAGGCUGCGGGACGUUCCAUGGAGUCUCAUCGAACGGGUACCCCAACUUGUUCUUCCCCAGCCCGUCCCAAGCUGGGGUCACGGUCAACUUCACAUUCUCCCUCGACCUGCUCGCGAACCACGUCGCGGGCAUCUUGGCCGAGGCGCACCGCGGUCUCGAGCCAGAAGCCGGUAAGAGACUUGUGGUCGAGGUCGACAAGCAGGCGGAGGAAAUGUGGGCUGGCGAGAUUCUCCAACGCGCUGCUUGGUUCGCGGGUGUUUCCGGCUGCACGCCGGGGUAUAUCAACCUCGAAGGAGAGCGCGACCGCCCGCAGGACAUGGCAGAGCAGGUUAAAAGCGCUCGCGGUGCCCCGUGGGGCGAUGGAAUCGUCAGUUUCGUGGGUGUGCUCGAGAAGUGGCGUGCCGAGGGUGGCUUGAAGGGGUUCAUUGUUAGCACAUGAGUCGAACACUGCUUGAAAUGGCAAAACUUCCUGGAAUUUGCUUGGCCUGGUCAUUCGUCGAAGACACAUCCAGCGGCCGCCGCACGAGCCGUCGGUUCAGAGGGCCGACGUCGCUGAUGAUCAUCACUUACAUAUCUCUAUUCUUAGGCAUGUUGACUUUCAGCUUAGACUAGGUGGGCCCUUCCCUAUUACCCCUCGUCUGUUGGUCGGGAACUCUGGAGCAACAUUCUUGACAACCAAACGAGACUCCUUUAGGUUUAUUCGGGAAUCUCAACUUCGCGACUACUGCACACGGCUGUCUGUCGACACCCAUGUCAAGGCUGGCAUCGAAGUAACUUUGGCAUCAUAUGCCCCGACCUCAGGACCUGUAUUACCGAAACCCCACCGAGCGGGAGCAGCGCGGACCGCGGCAUUCAGAUGGUACGACACCAAAUUUUGCAGCACCCAGAAUCGGCAGCUACUCCUCAGGCGAAACAGGAUGGGGUCAUCUGGUGUGCGAAAGAGGCGUGGACAGCCGUAACGUUUUUUGCAGUUUACACCCAUUCAUCACGGGCCUCGGAGACUAUAAUCUGGGAAUAUUGAACUGAACCCUAGGUCAGCGGUUGGCAACCCCGCUGCCAUGUGAACGCUCCCGUGUGAAUACUGAUGCGCGGAUUUUGGCAUUCCCUGACCUAUUACCGAGUUGUCGAGGCGGUUCCUCUUCGGGAGAAACGAUGGGCGCCGGCGCGUCCGGAUUCGCCAUCUUUAUGGCCACCAUCGCCCGCGUGUGCGAGAGCCAACUUGGAUCUAAACCCGCAGCUCGUGGAUUGUAUAAAGAGGUG